GGAGGAGGAGGAGGAGGAGGAGGAGGGAGAGAGAAGCCAGAGAGAAACUUGUGCUGGGGAUUAAGAGAGGCAGGAGGAGGGAGAGGUGCGCACAGGAAAACUCCUGGACCAUGAAGGUGGCCCUGGCGUUGCUUCUCCCACUCGUGCUCGCCCUGGUGCCGCCGGCGAGCGGGCAGCGGCGCAAACCCCCCCGCAGACCCACCCGGCCGCCCGCGCCCUUCGAGGAGCCCGUGGAGCCCACGGAGCUGCCGCCUCCCCUCCCUCCGGGCCCUCCAUCCGUGUUCCCCGACUGCCCUCGGGAAUGCUACUGCCCGCCGGACUUCCCGUCGGCGCUGUACUGCGACAGCCGCAACCUGCGCACGGUGCCGGUGAUCCCGCCCCGCAUCCACUACCUGUACCUGCAGAACAACUUCAUCGCCGACUUGCCCGAGGAGUCCUUCCGCAACGCCACCGGCCUCAAAUGGGUCAACCUGGACAACAACCGCAUCCGCAAGGUGGACAGGAGGGUGCUGGAGAAGCUGGAAAACCUCAUCUUCCUCUACAUGGAGAGGAACCAGCUGAAGGAGGUGCCCGCCUUCCUGCCGCCCAACCUGGAGCAGCUGCGGCUCAGCAGGAACCAGAUCUCCAAGAUCCCCGCCGGCGUCUUCAACAAGCUGGAGAACCUGGUGCUGCUGGACCUGCACCACAACAAGCUGAGCGACGGCGUCUUCAACAAGAACACCUUCAAGGGGCUCAAGAACCUCAUGCAGCUCAACCUGGCCCACAACAUCCUGAGGAAGAUGCCCCCCGGUGUGCCCAGCGCCAUCCACCAGCUCUUCCUGGACAGGAACAACAUUGAGGACAUCCCCAGCGAUUAUUUCAAGGAGUUUCCCAACCUGGCCUUCAUCCGGCUCAACUACAACCAGAUCUCGGAUAAGGGGCUGCCCAAAAAUUCCUUCAACCUCACCAACCUGCUGGUGCUGCACCUGGCCCACAACAAGCUCACCAACGUGCCCUUCAUCAGCGCCAAGCUGGAGCACCUCUACCUGAACAACAACUCCAUCGAGAAAAUCAACGGCACGCAGAUCUGCCCCACCUCGCUGGUGUCCAUCCAGGAUUUCUCGCCCUCCGACCUGGACAGUGUCCCCCGGCUCCGCUACCUGCGGCUGGACGGGAACCUCCUGAAGCCGCCAAUCCCGCUGGACCUGAUGCUGUGUUUCCGCCUCCUGCAGUCCGUGGUGUUUUAGCCCAGCCCUGCCUCUCCCAGGCCCGGCUUUGCUCGGACAUUUCCCCCCAGCCCCGUCGGCGUUGGACACGCAGGACCCUCUCUCCUCCCUCUCCCCCCGCUCACUCCCCGCCUCCAUCCCUCUCCCCUUUUCCCCCUUUUCCCCCCCUGCAGGGACACUCGUGGCUCCUUGGGGACCGCUCUCUGCAGGACAGCGCCGUGUCCCAGCUGCCACCCCAGGUCACAGCUGCCGGUCCUUGUCCCCCAGGCUGAGCCCGGAACCGCCUCCGCCUCUCCCGUCCCCAGCCAGCGGAGUUCCGGAGGGCUGGAUUCGGUUCGGAUGGAGCUGCCGGGCUCGGGGCGUGUCCCUGCUCCCUGAGGGUGUCCCUGAGGACGAUUCCCGGUGGGUUGGGGAGCGGGGAUGGGCGGUGCCACGCGGGUGGGAUCCGUGGAAGCGGAGGGAGGAUGGAUCCGGAGGAUGGAUCUGGGAAUGAGGCAGCCGCGGAUCGUGGCCAGAGCGGCACCCCAGGGGAUGGGGACAUGCUCCUGUCACCGGGGCCCUUCUGGAGGGCUUUGGCUCCACGUUUUUCUGGAGGAGGAUCUAAAUCCCUCCUGGAGCUGGGCGUUUGCCGGGAUGGAGCAGGGAAGGUGUCCUGCCCCUGGAUCCUGCGCCCGGUGUGGGCCACGCCUUCCCGCAUCCCCCUCGGCCCCUUCCCGGCUUCAAAUCCCCCAUCCCAGCACCGAUCCAUGGGGCCUCAGCCGCAUCCCAGCAUUCUGCGUCCACAUCCAUGGGAUCACAGCCCCAUCCUGAAUCCUUCCCUCUGAGCUGGGGGGAUGCAGGGCCCACAGCCCCAUCCCAAAAUCCUGCGCACUUCCCUGUAAAAUCUGGGAUCAAGGGCACAUCCGUGGGCUCACAGCUUCAUCCCAAAAUCCUGCAUCCUUCCCACUGAGCUCUGAGGAUUCAGGGCCACAUCCACGGCUCAGUUUCUCUCCGGAGCCAAUCCCACAUGACCGGGUUUUGCCUUUUUUUUUUAUUAGAAAUAAAAGGAAGGGAGAAGAAAAGGGAAGAAUUACCCUUUAGAAGAGCUAUUUUUAUCCCUUCUCUUCCUCACAUGUAUCGCUUCCCCCUUUGAUAGCUGUACCUGCAUUUAUAGGGUGUCCGGGUUUUGGGGGGAUUAUUCUCUUCUUUUCUUCCCGAGUCUCAGGAUUUGGAUUUAAAGGCCGAGCAUUUGAGGGAGAAAAAAGGAAAAAAAAAGAGAAAAAAAAAAAAAAAGAUUCAAAAUCCAACUGCAACGAGCAUUAAAUAAACCAAAGAAAGCUCCUUUCAGCAGAACUGACCCUUCCCGGGACGGCCACGGACGGGCACCGUGUCCUUCUCCCCGGGGAUGGCACAGGGAUGCUCCCCCCUUUUUCCAUUCAUUAAAACCCCGUGCUAAUUAAGGAGGUUUUUUCCUGACGAUAAAAUCUCCUUUCGGGCUCUCCCUGCAGUUGGGUGGGACAGGAUCCAGCCCUGAACCCGGAUGGAACCCCCCUGGAUGUAUUUAUAUGAUGUGUAUAUAGACUGGUAGAAUGUACAGAUAUUCCUAGAGCCACGUGUACCUCCCGACCCAGCAACUUCAUGGGAUUUUCACUCCCACUCCCCGCAGCAGUGGAAAUAAAAUCAUUCACAAGGGA